CGCCUUUAUAUUACCUGAUCCAAUCAAAAUCAGUCAGUGUUGAACUAUUUAUGUACUGAUGGUGUUUACACUUUAGUCAUGCACAUGUAAGUUUGCGUUUCACACGGAUGCAAUUGAAAGAAUUAGUACGCACUGACACGUCGCAUGUGACAUGAAAACUAAAUUUUAAGAAGCAGAAAUUAAAAGAUCGCAAACGCCGAUUUGUUUUAAAUAAAAAAGGUUUACGGAAUGCCCAUAUGAACCACAUGAUGCAAGGAUAGCAACAGAAAACAUUCGCGUAAUCGAGUAUUGUGAUCGAAAAGAGCGCCAGCUGUGUUGCACAACCAUUCACAUUGUCACCAACUGCCAUCUCCACUUGGAAGCAACACUCUGACCAUGCCCCCGAUGGCAUUACUUUAUCUGGUAUUAACAUGUGGCGUCAACAAGGUGUCGACGAAUGUUGGUCUAAGCCAUGUCUCCACCAUCUAUCUCCCAUUCAUGUACACCGACAGCAAGCCAACGUUCGACAUUCGGCAAGAUGCUGCCGCACAGAGUUCCUAUGAUGCAGCAAGGGGGGUCGUGUACACCGUUGGAUACUCUGGGGUGUUGCAUGUAAUUGAUGUUACAAACGUUAACAAUUUGAACAUUAUUCACAAACUUGAGUUCCAUGAUUUCUACAAAUUGAUGGCUACGGACGUCCAGGUGUGUGGCAGCUAUGUGGCUGUAACACUUCAACAUAAAGAAAUUCUCGACAAUGGGACACUGCGCAUCUAUACAGCAUACAAUAGAAUGAGGGAAAACAUGAACUUACUCAGGGAAGAGACAAUUGGUGUGUUCCCUACUCAGUUAGUGUUCACCAAAGAUUGUACAAUCCUUCUCACUGCAAACGAAGGCAGACUUACCAAGUCUAUGCUCACCCAUACCCCGUACCACGAUGCCGAGGGAACGAUCAGCAUCAUCAAGUUCAGCACUGGUGAUCUGGGCUAUGGACCUGCCACAGUAAAAACACUUGAUUUUAAGAGAUUCAAUGCAAGGUCGGCAGAGUAUGUGUCUAAAGGAGUACGAUUUCUUUACAAUGGCCUUGAACAGACUGACCUACAAAGUACAUUCUCUCAGGAUAUGGAACCGGAAUAUAUCACAAUCAACGCUGCGGAAACUAAAGCGUAUGUUUGUCUUCAGGAGAAUAACGCAGUGGCAAUGGUUGACAUAGCAACUGAGAGUAUAGAUGAGAUUCAUCCUCUAGGAUAUAAAGACUGGUCACAAUAUAAGCUAGAUGCAAGUGAUGUGGAUGGUGUUCGUAUGUAUGGAUAUGAAGUGUAUGGUAUGUACCAGCCAGAUAACAUUAAAUACUUUACGUGGGAUGAUAAAGAGUUCAUAGUUUCUGCAAAUGAAGGGGAUGGAAAGGCGUAUCGAGUCGAUUCUCACGGUUUAACUUGGUCAGAGACAAUACGUGGACAAGUCUUCUCCAAAGAAUCACUCAUUGACGACAGUGUGUCUGAGGAUCUUAAAAGAGAUUUGAGGGAUCCCAAAAAGCUUGGAAAUCUUGUAUUUAGUUUCAAAGAUGGUGAGGUCAAGGAUAGUGCAACCAAUAAAUUUAGCAGAUUCUAUACAUAUGGAGGUAGAAGUUUCAGUAUAUGGGAUGCACAGGACCUAAGCCUUGUGUUUGAUAGUGGAAGUGAUGUCGAAGAAAAACAUAGUGAAAGGUUUCCUAAUAUAUUCAACAGCCAUAUUGAGUCUGAGACCCAUACCCCAACUACUGACAUGGACACACGUUCAGAUGACAAGGGCCCUGAGCCAGAGACGGUGGAGGUUGUUCCAAUAGACGAACGACUAUAUUUCUUCAUUGGUAAUGAAAGGACAUCAACAAUAAUGAUCUACUCUAUGGGGAAGGGCUCCACUGUCCCUGUGUUUGAAAGCAUCUACAGAUCUGGCCUUACUAAUUCUACAUGGAGAGACCUCUAUGAAAACAGAGAAAUUGGGGACAUUGAUUUGGAAGACAUGUUAUAUAUUCCAUAUGAUCAGAGUCCUAACUGUAAGCCACUAUUAUUGGUGAUUGGGAGCGUCAGUGGAACAAUGUCCUUAUAUGAGGUCACGGGAUUACCAGAGCCAACCAAUCCAAAAUGCCUCACUGUGACAAAAGAACCCCCACUUACCACCAAAAGCACGGUAACAACAGAAUUCACUACCCCAAGGAGUGCAUUCACGUCAACAACUACUGCGACUAUGACUACCACAAAAACUGCCCAAGGGACGCCAUCCAUAACAGAUAGGAUUGAAGUCUCCUCCUCUAAUAGCCCCCAGCAGGCAGUUAUAAUAGCAGUUAGUCUUAUAACAGCAGUGGUUGUGGUUGCAAUCAUUGGUGCACUAUUGGGAUUCCUCUACUUUAGAAACCGCGGUGACAUACGUAACAUGGCUGCUCUUAAUAAAGGUGUCUCUUCGUCUUCCCCUUUUGAUAACAGGACUUACAUGGAGUUCCAGAACGAAAGUGCAAGUGAUAUCAGAAAACCCUAGACAGCCUUCCUAGGAUAACAAUGCAGUAUAUGUGCUUUUCAAAAUUAAGAGAAACAAACAAUUGACUUUCAUUAUUAUCAGCGUAGGAGGAUUGGCUCCCAGAAUCGAAGUCGAUAUUUUCCAACAAUGAAAACGCAACGAGCAGGCAAGAGACC